GCGCACCACGCCUGGUACCCAUGCCCUGGAGGCUGCAUCCUCGGGUACCCUGGCGUACCUAGUGCUGAGGUCUCCGCGUACCGGGUCCCUACGAGGAACUGCCCCCUGCGUUCGAGGGCUGGCUCCGCAUUGCUAGAAGUCUUCCUAAACUGAUCGAGAAUGGGCAACUUAGAGAAGAAGUUGAGAAGCUGCCAACACUCAGCAUUGACGAGCUGAACGGGCACAGGUUGCAGCGCCUGGCACAUUUGGCUCUGGGGUACAUCACCAUGGCAUAUGUGUGGAACCGAGGAGAUGGUGAUAUUCGAAAGGUGCUGCCCAGGAAUAUUGCUGUUCCCUACUGCCAACUCUCAGACAAGCUGGGGCUGCCUCCGAUUCUGUCCUAUGCAGACUGCGUCCUGGCAAAUUGGAAGAAGAAGGACCCCAAUGGGCCCAUGACCUAUGAGAACAUGGACAUUCUGUUCUCCUUUCCUGGUGGAGACUGUGGCAAGGGCUUUUUCCUCGUCUCUCUAUUGGUGGAAAUCGCGGCUUCUUCUGCCAUCCAAGCAGUCCCCACUGUAUGCAGUGCAGUACAGCAUCAAGACCAGAAAGCACUGGAAAAGGCAUUUAGAGAUAUAGCUAAGAGUCUGGAUGACGCCAAGACAUAUUUCCAGAGGAUGCGCGAUUUUGUGGAUCCAAACCAGUUUUUCAAUGUUCUGCGCAUAUAUUUGUCUGGCUGGAAAAACAACCCCAAGCUGCCAGAGGGUCUGCUGUAUGAGGGGGUCUGGGACACCCCAAAAAUGUAUUCAGGGGGCAGCGCAGGCCAGAGCAGCAUCUUUCAGUGCCUCGACAUCCUUCUGGGAAUAAAGCAUAAAGAAGGAACUCCCGCAGAAUUCCUCCAGGAGAUGAGAGAGUACAUGCCUCCAGCCCACCACAACUUCCUUCGCUCCUUAGAGUCAGGUCCCUCAGUCCGUGACUUUGUCAAGUCAAGAGGCAAUGAAGAUGUGCAGAAAGCAUAUAAUGAAUGUGUGAACGGCCUGCUCUCUCUGAGAAGUUUCCACCUCGGUAUAGUAAAAACAUACAUUAUUGAUCCUUCGAAGAAGCAGCAUGGAGGUGGCUCCCAGUCAGAGGAACCCUCAGAAAACAGAGGGACUGGGGGUACUGACCUCAUGAGUUUUCUGAAGAGUGUGAAGGACGCAACCAAGGAAGUCCUUCUGAACAGCGCUUCAGUGUAGCAAGGUUGCAUUUGAUCAGUGCAUAGGGAUCUGCAUAUGCCCUGCCGUAGCUCAUUAGAUCAGCCCCAGUGAGGACGAGUACAGAAUGAUUUACCAGGAAGGCACUGUAGGGAUUUCAAAAUCAUCUCUACAUCUCCCUGGAGAAGAAUAGCAAAAGCGAAUUAUUUAAUAAUAUUUUUAAAUGAUCUAAGAAAUAUUACAAAUUAUAUUGUUGAUUGGGGGUGAA